CGCCCGCCUGCCCAGCGACGCGCCGGCGGCUGGCGCAGCCCUUCGCUCGCCGGGCCUCCCCCUCCCAGGUUCCGCGCUCUGGUUCCGCCAUGGAAUCCAACAAGGAUGAAGCCGAGCGCUGUAUCAGCAUUGCCCUCAAGGCCAUCCAGAGCAACCAGCCCGACCGAGCGCUCCGCUUCCUGGAGAAGGCGCAGAGGCUGUACCCGACGCCGCGAGCUCGCUCCCUGAUCGAGUCCCUCAACCAGAAACCACAGUCUGCCAGUGACCAACCCCAACCCACAGACACGACCCAUGCGACCCAUAGGAAAGCAGGUGGGUCCGACGCGCCCUCGGCCAAUGGUGAAGCCGGAGGAGGAGAGACCACCAAAGGCUACACCUCGGAACAAGUAGCAGCUGUGAAAAGGGUCAAGCAGUGUAAAGAUUACUAUGAGAUCCUGGGAGUGAGCAGAGGGGCCUCAGACGAGGACCUGAAGAAGGCCUACCGCAAACUGGCCCUCAAAUUCCACCCAGACAAGAACCACGCACCUGGCGCCACGGAAGCGUUCAAAGCCAUUGGCACAGCGUACGCAGUGCUCAGCAACCCAGAGAAGAGGAAGCAGUAUGACCAGUUUGGUGAUGACAAGAGCCAGGCGGCCCGGCAUGGCCACGGGCACGGGGACUUCCACCGCGGCUUCGAGGCGGACAUCUCCCCCGAGGACCUCUUCAACAUGUUCUUUGGUGGUGGCUUCCCAUCUAGUAACGUCCAUGUCUACAGCAAUGGCCGUAUGCGCUAUAACUACCAGCAAAGGCAGGACCGCAGGGAGAACCAGGGUGACGGCGGGCUGGGGGUAUUUGUCCAACUGAUGCCCAUCCUCAUCCUGAUCCUCGUGUCAGCUCUCAGCCAGCUCAUGGUUUCCAGUCCGCCCUACAGUCUGAGCCUGAGGCCGUCGGUGGGCCACGUUCACAAGCGCAUCACCGACCACCUGAACGUCGUCUACUACGUGGCAGACACCUUCUCUAAGGAGUACACGGGCUCCAGCCUGAAAACAGUAGAACGGAACGUGGAAGAUGAUUAUAUCGCCAACCUCCGAAACAACUGCUGGAAGGAGAAGCAGCAGAAGGAAGGCUUGCUAUACCGGGCCCGCUACUUUGGCGAUGCAGACAUGUACCACAAAGCACAGCGGAUGAGCACCCCAAGCUGUAGCCGACUGUCAGAGGUGCAGGCCUCCCUGCAUGGAUAGCGCUGGGCCAGCCGCACUACCGAGGUCCAAACCAUGAAAUCCCUGGAGAAUUUUUGGUGACGUGCACUGAGCCAAGGUGAUGGACUGUGUAUUUAAGGAAAGACAUAAAAAGAAAAGAAAAAAAAAACAUUAAAUGGAUUGGAGGCCGAACACCACACAACUUGCCCUCUCUCUCGUCCAGUAAAUGCAGAAAGCUCUUAGGACAGACAGGAGAACCUGCCACAGGGCGGCUUCCCUCCCUCCCAGAGCUGGCGGGGGCUCAGGCUCCACAGCGGCGCUCUCCUAGGAUACGGAAACCAUGGCAACAAAAGCAGAAUGUAAAACUUGCAGCAAAUGUCUGUGGGAAGGGCUGGGGGAGGGGAGACCUGACUGCCUUUCUUUUCCCUCCCAGAAGCCACCACCAGUCACCUCUCAGUGGAAUCCAGGCAGGCACUAGCCAAGGAUAGAAAGGAGGAGGAAAGAGAACUUUCCAGAGAAUGUAAUUUACAGAUGCGUGUAUAUGUAUAUAUAUCUAUUUAUAUGUAAAUAGCAUAUAUAAAGAUAUAUAUAGAUAUAUAGUCUACUUUUUAAACUAUGCAGGGAUUUGGUGAAUUGUUGAGAUGAGCUCUUCCCUGUCGUAGAAAACAGACUGAUUGGGGAAGGCACCCAGGUCCUUCGCAGACACUGGCCACAGCACAGGGAGCCGGUCACAGCUUCUGACAUUCCCCUAGGCCCCAGCCCGUUUUGGGCAGCAGCAAUCAUGACAGGAUAAAUCUGUAGAAAGCACUGGAAGGUUGCCAGGUUCAUGGCUAAGCUGGAGGGGAGAAAGUGCCCUUAGGGCCAGGUGCCAGCUCAGCACUGUCACAGUAGAGGUCCCAGGUGGCUUUCUGGGGCAAGGCCACCCACCUCAAGCUUUGGCCAGCUCAGGCGGGCUCCUUGUCCUGGUGCCUGGUACCCGGCUGACCCCUUGCCAGAGAGAUCAACAGGUCGGAAGAGGGACCAGGGUCCACCUAACCACCUUGCCCUAGUCCCUGGGUUUCGCCUUACAGGUGCCACAAGGCACAGCUCCAGUGUUGCCGCUGGUUCUUCCCGAGUCAUGCACCAAGGACUCCAGGGGGCUCUUCCUCCCAGAGUCAGCCCGUGGCACCCAGGAGCGCGGGACAGCAGCUGACUCCCGAAGAAAGUCUGCGCCUGUGGGCACCUCUCUCUGCCAUCCGUGGACACAACGCCACCCCGCCUUCUCUCGAACUUUGGACAGAGGAUGCAUCUGAACCAGAAGGAUUUUCUUAUCCUUAAAUGAAGAUUUUUCUCAAAACAGCAGUUGCUGCCAGAAGGGAGGGAGGUUUUCUUUAUCCCCACAGUUUUGACUGGGCCUUUUGGAACUACCAUGUUUUCCUGAAUUUCCCUCUGGUGGUGGGUGUGCCACUGAGCCCACCAUUUUCCGAGCCUUACUUCCCCCACGCUGCCAGCUGAGAGGUGAUGAUACCCAUCCUCCCAGAGUUACUCCUGGUUCUUUUUUUAAACGUCUCCCAACAAACAGGAUUCUUACUGGGAAAGGAAGCUUGGUGAAGGAAUGUCAAAUCUGGAUUUUGAACAAGGUCCCGCCCUGUGAUGAAGCAGCCACCGUGCCUGGAGAGAUGCUGAGAACUGGAUGCGGGUGCGAGUGCCCCACCGCAGCGGCCCUGGUGCUCUGCCCCCACCUCCGACUGGCUGGUCUUGGUAGAUGUCCCGAUGGCUGAGCCAUGUGCAAUGAGAACCUAGAUCCUAAAGGAUCCCCUGAGAAGCUGUAUUUCUUGAGUUAGAAUUGAGAUUGUACAUCUAUAAAUAUGUUUAUUAUGUGA